AUGGUGGUGCUGAAAGCAGUGCGCUCCUAUGCGGAGCUGUCCAAGGUGCUAAUCCCUCUGUGCUGCGCUCUCUUCUUCGGCUCUUCGCCUUGCCUAGCCCAGAACGACACCGAGCCCAUCGUCCUGGAGGGCAAAUGCCUGGUGGUGUGCGAUUCCAACCCGGCCACCGACAACAAGGGAUCCUCCUCAUCUCCUCUAGGGAUAUCAGUCAGGGCAGCUAACUCCAAGGUUGCCUUCUCUGCGGUGAGGAGUACCAACCAUGAGCCAUCUGAGAUGAGCAACAAAACUAGGAUAAUCUAUUUCGACCAGAUCUUAGUAAAUGUGGGCAACUUUUUCACUUUGGAAUCGGUGUUCGUGGCCCCAAGGAAAGGAAUCUAUAGCUUCAACUUUCACGUCAUAAAGGUUUACCAAAGCCAAACAAUACAGGUUAAUUUGAUGCUGAACGGGAAGCCAGUCAUUUCGGCCUUCGCCGGCGACAAAGACGUAACCCGAGAGGCAGCUACCAAUGGAGUUCUCCUGUACUUGGAUAAAGAGGACAAAGUGUACUUAAAACUUGAGAAGGGCAACUUGGUUGGCGGAUGGCAAUACUCUACGUUCUCUGGUUUUCUGGUGUUCCCUCUGUGAAGAUGCCUCGGGUGUGGGACAUCGAACAAAAUCUUUCACCUUUGUAUUCCCGAAGAUCUUUUUAUUUAUUUUUUUGUCAUUGAUGGAUUGGUGUCUCUUAACCGGCAUCUCGUGUUGGAACUUGGAUUUACUCUGUCGCCGAAUUUCAGUGACAUUUCAAA